AUGCAGUCUGCAAUGGAGAAGCUGAGCAACAUAGCUAGGGUAGCCAAGGCAAAAGUGACCAUUUGCAAGGCCAAAGUUGAAGAACAGGCAGAGAAAGCUACUGCGAGGACAAUAGAACAGAGAGAACUAGCACACGAGCGUAGAAAAGCCAAGGAGGCUCGAGCACAAAUGAAGCUACACCAGGCCAAAGCAAGGCAUGCUGAGAAGAAACUGAGCAGAAGAGCACAUCAGUAUAAUCAGCCAGUGGCCCCAACCGCAGCACCGGCAGCUGCAGCCACUGUUCCCACUUAUCCAGCAGGAGGGCACCUUCCAGGGCAUGUACUGAAGUAGCUAGUAGUAGUGAUACAUGGUCUGACAAAUUUUAAG